GAGGAAAUUGUUUGAGGUCUGGGAAUGUCGACAGGUCUGGCUGGCAAUGUGCUACCAAGUCAAUACCAACUAAAACUUGCCAAUGUUUUCUGAGUUAAAGCCUGAAAGUCAAAACAUUAAGACGCAACAAGUUGGAUUAUUCCAUCAUUUAUCAUGGAGGCAGCAAUGACAAGUUGCUGACAGAACGUGGAGGGCAGCAACUAGUCUAGCUAGUACAAAGCCUAUAUAUACAUUUAACUUGGAUAGGAACCGCAGCAGCACUUCAGCAACAGCAACCCAGCACAGCUAUUUGCAGAUGGUGAUACAAGCCUCUCAACCGUCCUCCGCGGUGAGUGUGUGCAAGAGGUCAGCUGUACAGGGGCCGACCUUGGUGGUAACAUUGAGGACACUGGUUUUGGUUUGUCUUGCAAAAAUGGUCUAACUGUAACUUUUGUACAGGAUCCAACAGAUGCCAGGGGCGAACCUGCCUCUCAGCCUGAAAAGUCAAAGGUUGAGGAGGAGUUGAAGAAAGCAGCUACACAUCGGUCUCGGCCUAGCUGCUAUUAUUACUAUUACUUCAAUGAAGGAGAUCCUCAGAAUUAUUCUGAUGAUUUGGAGAUGGAACAAGGACUAUUACCUGUUGUUAUGUUCCCAGAUAAACAGGUUCAGGUCGAGGAGUGGAAGAUAGAAGCACAACAGUUUGAGACUGAUUUUGGCGAGAUGGAAAUGAAGAUUCAUAGGUUCCCUGCAAGCACGCGGAGCCUUGGACGGCGUUAUAUCCUCCCAAUGGCUGUGAGCAUCGGUCUUUACCACCAUGGCUCAAGUAGCCUGCAUGAGAUGGAGAAGGUGAAGCGCGUGGCUACACACCACUUCAUCAGUUACUCAGGCCGCUCAUUUGAGGAGAUGUAUGCGGCGGUCUUCUCCGUCAUAGGUGCUGCCCGCAGCUUCUACGACACCAAGGAUUCCAAGGUCGACGUAGGAGAUGCUGAAUUUGCGGACAUGAUGUUCAUCGAUGGUUGCUUCUUGCUGCAGUAUAUGCUUAUGUGUACCGGCCUUGGCAAGCUGCCUCCGUCAUUAUUGUCUUGCUUCAAGUCCAACGAGGCUUGCAUCAUCAACGACAUAAUGCUGCUCGAGAAUCAACUUCCCUGGAUGGUGGUCAACAUCCUAAGGACGUUCAGGUCCGUGCCUGUGGAGGAGUUUAUCGGUAAGAUGGGACGCACACUCCAAAUCCGUGGGGACAUGCACAGGAGACCAGUUGUGAUGGAUGCUUGCUACAUGCCGCCACAUCUUCUUGGCAUCCUCCUGUUCUACAAAGCCGGAGGCAUAAAUAAUAAUGUGCCCCUGUCUGUUCCAGAUGGUUUUAGAUCCAUGUCAAAGAGUAUUAGCGCCAUUGAGCUUGCAGAGAUUGGCAUUAAGCUCACAGCCGGCAAGACGACAAAGUUCAUGGACACGGGCAUCAAGAAAACAUUCCUCUCUGCCGAGAUCUUCCUGGCACCUCUGUUGCUGGACGACAUAAGGUCCUGCUGGCUUGUCAACAUGGCGGCUUUCGAGGUAUGCCUGGGCAUGGCAGCUGGUGCUCAUCAAAGUACAGCAGUCGUCUGCUCCUACCUUGCUGUCCUCGCCAUGCUCAUGGAUCGGGAGGAGGACGUGCACGAGCUGCGAUCCAAGCGCCUGGUGCAGGGAGAACUCACCAACAAAGAGACGCUUGACUUCUUCAAGAUGCUUGUCAAGUGCAUAAGUGGCGGCCCCCUCUACAUUCAAAUCAUGGAGGAGGUUGAGGCCUACAAGCUCAACAGGUGGAUGUGGAUCAAGGUGCACCAGUUCGUCUACAAAAACUUCAAAGCAAUCGUCACGGUGCUCUCCAUCACUGGUGUUCUUGUGGGCAUCUUCAAGGCUAUCCUCUCUCUCAAGAGACACUAG